ACGAGGACGGUCGGAUCAGAGAUUUCUACCAUUCGCGGGGGUUGGAGCGAGUUCUUCAGCCGAGCGCAGUUGAAGACUCAGUCGGAGAUGUCUCGCAGCUGUCUCUCUCCUUGGCAGUCUCUCAGAAGACCUCUCACUAUUACAGGAAUGAUGAACAUGUUUGUCUUUGUCUUGAGAAAGUCAGUUCUGGAAAAGACAAGAAAAAAUUUAUCCUGGAGCAGAAAUAUGUUCGAUGUUCUGUCCGGUCUGAGAUUCGCCACCUCCGUAGGGUCCUUAGCCAUCGGCUCAGCGCCCCCCUGGCACACGUUCAGCUCCUGAUUGAUAACAAAGUGCUGCCGGAUCACAUGACCAUGAAGCAGCUGUGGCUGACGCACUGGUACGGCAAGCCGGCGCCGCUUGUGCUCCUGUACAGUGUGAGAGAGAAGAGGAGGUGACCCCGGCCCUGUAUUGGGUACAUUGUGUGUAUAUCCUGUGUGUACUGGGCCCGUGAGCUAGCACUCGCACAGCGUGAGUGAAUGGAAUCCCCUGAGUGCCUUAUUGCCCCCCCGCUCAGCAAUUUGUAUAAAGUCAUAUUUUCAGCAGCGAAAUGUAUAUUUUGCCAAUGUUUUUUAAUAAAAAAAUCUGUAUAUAGUGUAA